AUGUAUACGUUUGAAGACCGGGGUGGAGAUUCCUUGACGCUGAGGCCUGAAGGCACGGCGCCGGUGUGCCGCGCCUAUAUUGAGCAUGGCAUGUCCAAUCUGCCUCAGCCUGUACGGCUCUACUACUGCUGCCCCAUAUUCAGAUAUGAAAGGCCGCAGGCGGGCCGGUUCCGGCAGCACAACCAGUUUGGAAUUGAAGUUAUCGGCGAUGCCGACCCCUUGGCGGACUUAGAGGUGGUCCAGCUUGGUUGGACGUUCACCAGGAACCUUGGACUGACCAACCUGACCCUUGCGAUCAACUCUAUAGGCGAUAAGGGAUGCCGCCCAGCUUACUUGAAGAAGCUGAAAGAUAACCCUUUGAGGCUAUUGGACUGCAAGCAGACCGGCUGCCAGCCUUUCAUAAGGAACGCACCGCCUUCCACUGAAAAUCUGUGCCUCAACUGCCAGCGACACUGGGACGCUUUGCGGGGACAUCUGAAACAACUGGGGAUACCGUACAGAGAGAAUCAUCGCCUGGUUAGAGGGUUGGACUAUUACACCCGCACAGUUUUUGAGAUCCAGCCUCCGGAAGAGGGAAGCCAAAACACCGUGUUGGGCGGCGGACGAUACGACGGUCUAAUCGAGCAGCUGGGAGGCCCUGCCACGCCUGGUGUGGGUUUCGGCAGCGGUAUAGAGCGGCUGAUAGCUAAUCUGAAGCGCCAGGGUGUUGCACUGCCUGACAGAUCGCCCAGGCCAGUGGUGAUUACAGGUCUAGGAGAAGGGGCCCAGAGCAAAGGCGUGGAGAUCGCGGCCGCUCUCAGAGAAGCCGGCGUUUCCGUACUGAUUGCUUCCUCAAACCGCAGCCUCAGAGCCCAAAUGCGCUACGCUUCCACUAUGAACGCAAGCUUCACCGUAAUCAUCGGAGAAGAUGAACUGGUUAGAGGUAAGCUGGGCGUUCGGGACAUGGACAACAGCGUCCAGCGAGAAGUACCUAUGCUUGAGAUCGUCGAUUACCUAACAAAGGCUGCCACAACCUAG